CAGUAGAUGAUCACAAUGCAGUAUGCUGUCCAAACAUACAUUCACCAGCACUCUCAGUCCUUCUGGAUCCUUGUAAGAGUGUGGAUAUGAAAAUGGCAGUGCUUUGCUGUACAUCAAUGCAGCUCUUCCUGGUGGCACUGGCCGCUCUGGCUGGGAUCUGUUUGGGAGGGUCCGACGGGCCCCGCGGAGUGUCUCUUCCUUUUGUCUUUGACCCCAAAGCGACGUGCGACCCACCUUGCAAACAUGCUGGGAUUUGCAUCCGAAACAACAGCUGCUUCUGCUCAAGAGGAUAUGAAGGAGAAACCUGCCAAUAUGCAAACUGUUAUCCAAAGUGUAAAAAUGGUGGAGAAUGCCUUCGACCUGGAAAAUGCAGAUGCCCUUCAGGAUUUGGGGGUAAAUUCUGUCACAAAGUGGUUUGUGACGGUGGCUGUUGGAACGGUGGCGAGUGUAUUGCUGUGAAUGGAGAAGCAAAAUGCAUCUGUCCCUCCAGCUGGACCGGCUCCAGAUGCCAAGAUGCGAUCUGUCCACAGGGAUGCAGGAACGGAGGCAGCUGUGUGGCUCCUGGAAUCUGCAGCUGUCCAGAAGGAUGGAUAGGCGGAGCCUGCCACACAGCUGUGUGUAAAAAGCCGUGUGUGAACGGGGGGAAGUGUGUUUCUCCAAACACCUGUCGCUGUCGAGCUCCGUUCUCAGGCCCGCAGUGUCAAGAGAGGAAGAAGCCCUUCUAAUGAGGAACAGUCUGACCUCUGACCUCAAUGGUUUCUCAAAUUGGUGCUAAAGUUGUGUUUGUUGAACACUAACUGAAAAUGUGAGGAGUGUGAUGUGUUUUCUAUAUUAACAUUGUACAUUAUUUACAUUAAGACUUUUGUAUUAAGUAGUGUUUUUAAGAUAACUGUUGAAUUUCCUUUAGCAUACAGUACAAAUAAUUAAAUAAAGUGAAAAUAAAAUUGUGCGUGUGCAUAAAAUUGAUUUUAAAAAAGUGGAAAUAUGAUUCAUUCCCAUUUUUGAUCACUUCUUUUUAUUGGUAAAUGACACAAGAUCCAUUUUUAUGACUUCAAAGGUACUGAAUAUGUGAUAUACUGUUUUCUCAAAAGCUAUUUACUUUUAAAAACAAGGAAAUGAUUUUAUUAAUAUUAUAAAAUGUGCAGACUGUAGUACAUCACAAAAAAUGAAUCAAAAAAUGAAA